UUUCGUGGGGGCGGGCACAGCUGGGAGGCGGAAGUAGCCGCUGGCAUGGCGGCGGCCUUGCCGCUUGCUGUGCUCGUGCUGCUGCUCCUGGGGCCCGUGGGCAGGGGGCAUGCAGAGCCCCCACGCGACACCCUGCGGGAGGAGCUCGUUAUCACCCCGCUGCCUUCGGGGGACGUAGCCGCCACAUUCCAGUUCCGCACGCGCUGGGAUUCGGACCUGCAGCGGGAAGAAGUGUCUCAUUAUAGGCUAUUUCCCAAAGCCCUGGGGCAGUUGAUCUCCAAGUAUUCUCUACGAGAGCUGCACUUGUCAUUCACGCAAGGCUUCUGGAGGACUCGGUACUGGGGGCCACCUUUCCUGCAGGCCCCAUCAGGUGCAGAGCUCUGGGUCUGGUUCCAAGACUCCGUCACUGACGUGGAUAAAUCUUGGAAGGAGCUCAGUAAUGUCCUCUCGGGGAUCUUCUGCGCCUCUCUGAACUUCAUCGACUCUACCAACACGGUCACUCCCACUGCCUCCUUCAAACCCCUGGGGCUGGCCAAUGGCACUGAUCAUUCUUUCCUGCGCUACGCUGUGUUGCCACGAGAGGUCGUCUGCACGGAGAACCUCACCCCGUGGAAGAAGCUCUUGCCCUGUAGCUCCAAGGCAGGCCUGUCUGUGCUGCUGAAGGCCGAUCGCUUAUUCCACACCAGCUACCACUCCCAGGCAGUGCAUAUCCGUCCUGUGUGCAGAAAUGCGCGCUGUACCAGCAUCUCUUGGGAGCUGAGGCAGACCCUUUCCGUGGUAUACGAUGCCUUCGUCACAGCACAGGGGAAGAAAGACUGGUCCCUCUUCCGGAUGUUCUCCCGAACCCUUACAGAGCCCUGUCCCCUGGCUUCAGAGAGCCGAGUCUAUGUGGACAUCACCAGCUACAACCAGGACAAUGAGACGUUGGAAGUGAACCCGCCCCCAACCACCACAUACCAGGACGUCACCCUCGGUACCCGGAAGACCUACGCCGUCUACGACUUGCUUGACACGGCCGUGAUCAACAGCUCCCGUAACCUCAACCUCCAGCUCAAGUGGAAGAGCCCUCCCGAGAAUGAGACCCCUCCGGCACCCUUCCUGCACGCCCAGCGAUAUGUGAGUGGCUACGGGCUGCAGAACGGAGUGCUGAACACGCUGCUAUACAACACCCACCCGUACCGGGCCUUCCCCGUGCUGCUGCUGGACGCCGUGCCCUGGUACCUGAGGCUCUACGUGCACACCCUCACCAUCACUUCCAAGGGCAAGGAGAGCAAACCGAGUUACGUCCACUACCAGCCCGCGCAGGACCGGCUGCAGCCGCACCUCCUGGAGAUGCUGAUCCAGCUGCCGGCCAACUCGGCCACCAAGGUCUCCAUUCAGUUUGAGCGGGCGCUGCUCAAGUGGACCGAGUACACCCCGGACCCCAACCACGGCUUCUACGUCAGCCCGUCUGUCCUCAGUGCCCUCGUGCCCAGCGUGGUGGCAGCCAAGCCCGUGGACUGGGAGGAGAGCCCCCUCUUCAAGACCCUGUUCCCAGCGUCGGACAGCUCGAGCCAUUUCGUGCGCCUCUACACGGAGCCCCUGCUGGUGAACCUGCCCACGCCGGACUUCAGCAUGCCCUACAAUGUCAUCUGCCUCACGUGCACGGUGGUGGCCGUGUGCUAUGGCUCCUUCUACAAUCUCCUCACCCGAACCUUCCACAUCGAGGAGCCCAGCACGGGUGGCCUGGCCAAGCGGCUGGCCAACCUUAUCCGGCGCGCCCGUGGUGUCCCCCCGCUCUGAGAUUUGCCUCCACAGCGGGGCUGCUGUUUCUCUCUGGGAGGGCUGGUGGUGACCCCAAGGGCUCUUCCUGCCACUCGCUCUCUUCAGAGUUGGCUCUUAAACCAAACUGCCCCUGGACGAGGCCAGGGCUUAGAUGCGCUGUCCAGUUCAGGAGCCACGAGCCAGAUGUGGCAUUUGAAUUUAAAUUCAUUUAAAUUAAAAAUUCAUUUCCUCUGCUGUCCCGGCCACGUUUCAAGUGCUCAGUAACAAAAGUGGCUCAUGGCUGCUGUCCUGGACAGUGCGGACAAAUGUUUCCAUCACUGCAGAAAGUUCUAGGACAGCGUGGACCUAGAUAUGCUGAGGAGCUUGCAUCACCGCGUAUCACCGCGUGGUAGCUGGAACUUUCUGGUUGUGGCAUAAAAAGUGGCUUCCUUGGUUCUUUGCUUCUUGUCCGUGAGGCCCAGGAAGAGGGGGCUGGGGCUUGUUUCCUGGGCACCUGCAUAAGACUUUCUACACUGCCUCCCAAAACCCCGACAAACAAAGCUCCUCUGUCUCCUGCUAAGAAUUCCCUCUUCUCUCUUGCUUCCCCCUCAUUGGUGAUUCCCCGAACUCCCUGGGUUUGGCCGGGAGUAUUUAUAGAAGUGUAUCCAUGACCAUGACCAUGAGCCAUCCUCUACCUUUCAGGAGCCCUGAGAACCAGUCCCGUAUCACCAGGGGUAGAGCUGGAGAGGGGGAAGAGCUCCAUGUGUUGGUUUUCUAACUGUGUGGUGCAUUGGAAUCACCUGAGAUGCUUGUGAAAGUAAUGCAGAUUCCUGGAGUCCACACCCUGUGAAUUCAGUCUGUCUGAGUGUAGCCCAGCCUUGGAAUUUCUGUCAGGCUCUUCAUGAGCUUAUGUUCGGGGUGGUCCUUAGACCUUUUACACAGGCUUUGAAGCCAGGUCCAUUGGAUCGAGGCCUGCCCCUGCCCACCUACCCUUCUGCUUAUAUGACCCUGGAUUCCUGUACCAGGUCCUUGGGCAGAUGCCCCUCCCCACCCCCAUCUUCUGUCCCUGCCUCUGGCACACUUGGCAUUAACUGUUAAGUAUUUGCAGCCUGCCCAUCCCUUCCCCAGCUCUCCCAUUGUAGCAGUUUGGCUUAGAACGCCCUGUUCCCCCAACCACGCACUGUCCUCUACUGCCUGGUUCACUCUUAAAAAAAAAAAAAAACCAGAGAGUUACUUCCUCCAGGAAGUCUUCCCUGAUACACCAGGCUGCUGUAGUUGCCCCUUCCCUCUGUUCCCAGAGCAUCCUGGACUUAACCUUUACAGGUUCUUUUCACCCUGGUUGUUCUUGUUCUUUAACUUCCAUUAAACUGUAAGCUCCCUGGA